AUGAAAAAUGAGUUAGAAGAUGAUAUACAAAAAAGAAUAAAUAACUUAAACAUUAACAUUGACAAUAUUAUUCCUCAACUUGAUGUUUUAAAUAAUAUGGAUGAUAUAAAUAAAAUUGAAGAAUAUGUUGAAUAUUAUAAAAAUCUUCUUAAACAAAUAAAUCAAAUUAAUUAUGAAAUACAAAAAAUUAAUAAAGAAGAAACAUUAUUUAAAUUUUCUGAAACUGAGUUUUCAAAUGUGAUUGAACUACAUGAAAUAAUCAUAUCAUUCUAUGAUCUUAUUUAUAUUAUUUAUCAAUGGCAAAGAGAUCAUUCUAUAUGGUUAGAUGGCCCUUUUGAAUAUUUGGAUAUUCUUGUUAUAGAAAGCAAAACAUUGAAUUACUUUGAAAAAAUUACUGAAAUGAAUAAAACAUUUAAAAUAAAGAUCAAAAUGGAUACAACAUUGAACAAACAUUUUAAAUUUUCUGGAAUUCCAGAUGAUCCAGAUCCAAUGCAACAACCUGCACCAUUAAAAUUAUGUUGGCAAGCACUUAAUAGUAUAAAUGAUUUUAAACAAUAUUUACCAUUAGUAAUAUGUAUGUGUAAUCCAGCUUUACAAAAACGACAUUGGAUAGAAAUGUCUGCAAUAUAUAUCUUGCUGUUGCCUCCUAAUUAUACAAUAUUUUUAGAAACUCUUGAAAAUGUAUGUAUAUCCAAAUCUAUUUAUAUUCAUGAUAUUUUCAAACUUAAAAUUAUACAAUUAUUUGAAUUAAUGCAUGUUUAUCAAUCUUUAAUGAUUGUUGGCAAUCCUUUUGUUGGAAAAACAGAAAUUUUAAAUAUUCUUCAAAUUGUUUUACAAUACUUAUAUAAACAAGGCAUUGAAUUUGGUAUUAAUAUAAAAAUAGAAACAAUAGUUCCAACUACAAUUGACAUUAAUUAUCUUUUUGGUUAUUUUGAUAAAAAGAUGAAAAUUUGGAAAAAUGGAAUAUGUUCUAAAAUACUUAAUUCUUUCUCCAAAAAUGAUUCCUUUGAUAAAAGAUGGAUAAUAUUUGAUGGAUCUUUAAAUACUAUAUGGAUUGAGAAUUUAUAUUCAAUUCUUGACACAAAUAAAAUAUUAUAUUUAACAUCAGAUGAAAAAAUUAAUAUGCAAAAUUCUAUAUCCAUUAUCUUUGAAACAAUAAGUAUGGAAGAUAUUUCUCCUGCUAUUUUAUCAACUUGUGGUAUAAUUUAUAUUGAAUCAAAUUCUAUUGAUUGGAAACCUUAUGUUAAAACAUAUUUUUCUAAGCACAAUAUUUAUGAUAAAUAUGAAGAAGUUUUAUAUGAGCUCUUUGAUUGGAUAAUAAAUCCUUGUUUGGAAUUUAUUCAAAAAAAUUGUAUUGUAACUUUAGCUAUUGGUCAUUUACAUUAUGUAAUAUCAACUUUAAAUUUAUUUGAAAUGUAUUUGAGAGAUGCUUUAUCAGAAAAUACAGAAGAAAAAGGAAAAAUUACUCAUUUUUUAAUAUGGGCACAAGUUGCACUUAUAUUAUCUGUAAUAUGGGGAUUAGGAGGAAAUUUAGAUGUAGAUUCUCAUAUUAAAUUUAAUAAUUUUUGUAUUUCACUUUGGAGUGGAAUAAACAAAGAAUACCCAAAACCAGAAAUAAUAAAAAAUUUUGAAAUAACAUUACCUCAUGAAGGUUUAAUACAAGAUAAUUUUUAUAUUUUUAAAGGUGUUGGUAAUUGGAAAUAUUGGGGAAGUAUUGAUAUAUUAAAAAGUGAAAAAAUUUUAGAAAAUUCUCAUUGUAAUGAAAUUUUUGUACCAACAGUUAAUACAAUGAAAUAUAAUCAUAUAGUUUUAAAACAUAUAAAAUACAAAAAACCUUUUAUUAUCUGUGGAAAUGUAUCUAUUGGAAAAACUUGUUUUAUAAAAAUUUUAUUAAAAAAUAAAUUACCAGAAGGAAUAUGUUCCAAUUUAUUUAAUUUUAUUUCUUUAAGUACAGCUGUCAAAACACAGCAAUUGUUAAUCUCAAAAUUAAAUAAAAUUAGGAAAAAACAUUAUGGACCUCCAAAAAAUCAAUUUUGUAUUAAUUUUAUAGAGGAUCUUAAUAUACAAAAAUAUGAAUAUAAAUCAGAAAUAAAUAAUAUUUUAGAUCUUAUUCGACAAUAUCAUAAUUAUGGUUAUUUGUAUGAUAUUAAUGAACCUGAUAAAAUUUUUAUUCAUGACAUUAUGUUUUCACUAUCAAUUAUUUCUAAUAUCUCAAUUAAGAUGUGUCCUAGAUUUUUAAGAUAUUUUAAUCUGUAUACUAUGUAUGAACCUUCUGUAGAUACUAUAUUUAGAAUAUUUUCGAAUAUACUUUUUAAUAAUUUAAAAAAAAAUUCUUUUACUGCAGAUAUAUUAAGUACUGUAACUAGUAUAACUAAUGCUACAAUUGAUAUAUAUAAUUUUAUAAUUCAAAUUUUAAGACCAAUACCUACUAAAUUUCAGUAUCAAUUUAGCAUAAGAGAUAUAGCUAAAGUUAUCAAUGGAUGUAGUCUUCUUCAAAAAGAGUCAAUAGAAACUAAAGCUACUUUUAUGCGGCUUUGGGCUCACGAAAUAUGGCGUGUUUUUGGUGAUCGAAUAUUGGAUAAUAAUGACAAAGAGUGGCUCUUUCUACAAAUUAAAGAAAUUAGCAAACGAUAUUUUAAAGAUUCAUUUGAAACAGUUUUCGAUUAUUUACCAAAGUUUGAUAAUAAAAUUACAAAAGAUAGUUUUUACUAUUUAAUGUUCGGUUCUUUUAUAGAUACAAAAAAAGAUAGAAAUAAAAAAUAUGAAGAAAUUAAUUCUAUUGAAAAAUUAAAAAAUAAAAUUAUUGUUUAUUUAAAUGAAUAUAAUAAUAUUAAUGUUAAAAAACAUAUUGAUAUUGUAAUAUCACAAUAUGUUUUAGAAUGUUUGAUAAAAAUUUCAAGAAUUUUGAUCAUACCAGGUAGUAAUUUAUUAAUCAUUUCUAGCUUAGGAUCUGGGAGAAAAUCCUUAGUGACUCUUGCUGCUUAUAUGCAGCAACAAGAAUUAUUUGAACCUUCUGUACAUUCUUAUUGUAAUUUUAACAUGUGGAGAAAAGAUAUAAAAAUGAUUUUACAAAAGUUUGCUAACUUAAAACAAGAUUUUAUACUUUUCUUAAAAGAUAAACAAGUUAGAGAAAAUUUUCUUCAUGAUAUUUGUUGUUUAUUGGCUACUGGAGAAAUACCUAAUCUAUUUUCUAAUGAAGAAAAAUAUAAUAUUAUUGAAAUGAUACGUUUACACGCUCAAAAUAAGAAUAAAAAUGAAGAAAUAAGUAAUCAUGCUGUAAUGAAUUAUUUUUUAGAGCAAUGUAAAAAUAAACUUCAUAUUAUAAUUUGUUUUACUGCAACAAACAAUCAAAUAAGAUUAUAUUUACAUAAGUAUCCAGAAUUAAUAAAAUAUUGUACAUUAAAUUGGUAUGAAAUGUGGCCAACAGAUACACUUAUGCAAAUAGGUUUAAAAUAUAUUCAAGAUAUUGAUAUUGAAAAAGAUAUAAAAUCAAAUGUAAUUAAAAUUUGCAUACAAUUACAUAAUUAUGCAGAAGAAGUAAGCAUUAUAUAUUAUAAAGAAACUGGUACGAAAAUUCAUGUUACAUUAUCUACAUUUUUACAUAUGUUGAAAUUAUAUGUUCAUCUGAUAUGUAAAAAACAAAAAAAUAUCAUUACAAUGAAAAAUAGAUAUUUAAUAGGUUUAGAAAAGAUAAAAUUAGCAGCUCAACAAGUAGAAAAAAUGAAAACCACAUUAACAAUAUUAAAACCACAAUUAGAAUCAUCUGCUCAGAAAAUGAUUAUUACAAUGAAAGAAGUGGAAAAUGAAAAUAUUAGUAUAGAAAAAGCAACUGCUGUUGUACAAAAAGAAGAAGAAAUAGCAAAUAAAAAAACAGAAAUUGCUUCAAAAUUGAAAUUAGAAUGUGAAGCUGAUCUAGCUGUAGCAAUUCCAAUCUUAGAAGAUGCUAUUGCUGCAUUAAAUACAUUAAAACCUACAGAUAUUACAUUGGUCAAAGCUAUGAAAAAUCCUCCUGAUACUGUUAAACUAGUAAUGGCUGCAAUAUGUGUGAUGCUUGAUGUUCCUCCAGAUAAAGCUAUUGAUACAAUUACAGGUAAAAAAUAUAUAGACUAUUGGAGUCCAAGUAAACGCAUUUUAAGUGAUAUGAAUUUUUUACAAAUUUUGAAAGAUUAUGAUAAAGAUAAUAUUUCAUCUAAUAUUAUACAAAUUAUUAAAAAAACAUAUAUAACAGAUAAUAAUUUUAAACCACAUAUUGUUGCUAAAGCAUCAAGUGCUGCAGAAGGUCUUUGUAAAUGGGUAUGUGCAAUGGUAUCUUAUGAUGAAGUUGCAAAGGCAGUUGCUCCUAAGAAAGAGAAAUUGCUUAUUGCACAAAAAGAAUGUAAUGAAGCUGAAGCUUUUUUAAAUAAGAAACGAAAAACUCUUUCUAUGUUAAAUGUUAAAUUUGGUGAUUUAAAUAACAGUCUUCAAGAAACACUGCAACAAAAAAUAAAAUUAGAAAAAGAAGUAGAAAACUGUACUAUUAAACUUUAUAAAGCAGAAAAUUUAAUAGCAAGCUUAGAAGGAGAAAAAGAUCGUUGGAUACAGCUUGCAGAAAAUCUUAAAAUAAAUUAUGAUAAUCUUGUGGGAGAUAUGAUAUUAACUUGUGGAAUUAUAAGUUAUAUAGCAUCAUAUAAUAUUGUAUUUCGUAAUAAAAUUGUAGAACAGUGGAAACAAUACAUAGAAGAUUUAAAAAUAUCAUAUAGUAAAAAUUAUAAUUUAGUAAAUAUACUUGGAGAAGACAAUAAUAUAAACUAUUGGUAUUUUUCAGGUUUAUCUAAAAAUAAUUUUUCAGUCGAAAAUGCAAUUAUUAUGAAUAAUUCCAAAUUAUGGCCUUUAUUUAUUGAUUCACAAAAUCAAGCAAAUGAAUGGAUUAAAAGAAUUGAAAAAAAAAAUGAUCUUAAAAUUAUUAAACUUACUGAUUCUAAUUAUUUAUCAAUUAUUCAAUAUAAUGUUGAAAAUGGUAUUCCUACAUUAAUUGAAAAUGUAGGAGAAGAAUUAGAAAUAUCAUUAGAUCCUUUUCUUUUAAAAAAAAUUUAUAAUAUUGAAAAAAUUUCAUAUUUAGAUACUGGUUUUGGUAUUAUAAAAUAUUCCUUUGAUUUUCGAUUAUAUAUUACAACGCGAUUGCUCAAUCCUCAAUAUUCAUAUGAGACAUUUAGCAAACUUACAAUAAUUAAUUUUUCUAUUACGAAUGAAGCUCUUCAAGAUAGACUUCUUGAUUUUAUUAUUUCCAAAGAAAAGCCAAAAUUUCAAGAAAAAUUUGAAGCUUUACUUAUAGAAGAUGCUAAUAAUAAAAAAGUAUUAAAGCAACAGGAAGAUAUUAUUUUAAAUAUUUUAUCUUCUACAACAACAAACAUUCUUGAAGAUGAAAUUGCUAUAAAAAGUUUAGAUACAUCAAAAAAUCUUUUUUUAAGUAUUAUGAAAAAACAAGAAGUAACAAAAACAAUGUCAAUGAAAAUAAAUAAAUUUCGAAAUGCUUAUGUACAUUUUGUUAAAUAUUGUGCAGAUUUAUUUGAUAUAUUAAAUAUUUUGCCAUAUAUAAAUCAUAUGUAUCGUUUCUCUUUUGCAUGGUUUAUGCAACUAUAUAGAGAAUCAAUUAAAGAUUCAAAUAAGAGUAUUAUUCUUGAAAAGCGAUUAAAAUAUUUGAAAUCUUCUUUUACUCAUAGUUUUUAUUCAAGUAUUUGUAGAUCUUUAUCAGAAAAACAUAAAAUAUUAUAUUCUUUCUUAUUAUGUUCUAAAAUUUUAUUGAAUAAUCAACAAACAACUGAAAAAGAAAUUAAAUAUUUUAUAAGACCAAGCAUAAAUCAUAUUAAUACAGUUCCAAAUUUUAAAUUUGAUUGGCUUCCAUAUAAUACUUGGAUAAAUAUUUAUAAUCUAAGUAAAACAUUUCCUUCUUUUUUGAAUCUUGCAGAUGAUUUUUGUUAUAAUAAUAAAGUUUGGAAACAAUACUAUAAUUCUGAAUCACUUGAAGAUCAUUUGAUACCAAAACCUUGGAAUAGUACAUUAUCUACAUUUCAAAAACUUAUUCUGGUAAAAAUUUUACAUCCUGAUAAGAUUGUAAUACAAAUUAUGCAAAUGAUAGAAAAUAUGUUAGGAAAUAUACAAAAUUAUUCUCUUAAAAUGAAAAUAUCUCAAUCAUAUGCAGAAUCUAAUUAUUUAACUCCACUUCUAUUUAUUUUACCUGCUUGUGUAACACCAUUAGCUCUUAUUUCUACAUAUGCAAAAACUAAAGGCUAUUUAUCAAAAUUUGUUUCCUUAUCUAUGAGUAAAGGUCAAGAAGAAAAAGCUGAAUUUCUCAUACAAAAAGCUCAGAGAGAGGGAAAUUGGGUGUUUUUACAAAAUUGUCAUUUAGUAACUCAUUGGAUAACUUAUCUUGAAAAAAUUUAUGAAAAUUGUAGCACUUUCAAUGUAUCUGUAAAUUUUCGAUUAUGGUUAUCUAGCUAUUGUACGAAUAAAUUUCCAAUUAGUAUCUUGCAAAAUAGUAUAAAAAUCAUGUAUGAUUAUCCUUUAAAUAUCAAAGAAGCAUUAUUGAAUAUUUAUCAAUCUGAACCUAUAAUAAAUAAAGAAUUUUUUGAAGGUUGUCCUGGAAAAGAUAAAAUUUUUUUAAAACUUCUUUUUGGAAUAUGUCUUUUUCAUACAAUUAUACAAGAAAAAAAAAAUUUUAGGAUUCAAGGAUGGAAUGUACCAUAUAUCUUUGAACAUACUGAUCUUAAAAUAUCUAUUAUGCAAUUAAAAAAUUUCAUAAAUAAUACAGAUUGUGUACCUUUUGAUAUUCUUCUAUAUUUUAUUGGAGAAUGUAAUUAUGGAGGAAAAAUUCAAGAUGAAUUUGACAGCAGAUAUUUAAAAUAUCUUUUAAAUGAUUAUUGUAAUUCUAAUAUAAUUGAAAAUGGACAAUAUAUGCAUUCAAAUGAUAUACAAAAAUUAAUACCACAAAGAUGUGAAUACUUUCAUAUAAUUGAACAUAUUAAGAAAUUUCCAUCAGAUUUAUUACCUCAAAUUUUUGAAUAUAAUAAAAGUAGUAUUAUUACUCGAAAUACUAUGAUAGCUAAAGAAUUGAUAUCAUUUCUUUCAUAUAUAAAUUCUCCAAUUUCUUUAUUAAAUGAACAAAUACAGGAAAAUCAAAUAUUAAUUUUAAUCAAUGAUAUUAGUGAUAAAUUAUAUGACUCGAUUAAAAUUAAUGAAAUUGAAGAAAAAUGUACUUCUAUGCCUAAAGAAUCUUUACAAAUAGUUCUUCUUUAUGAAAUUAAGUCAUUAAAACAUAUUUUAAAAAUUAUAACGGAAACAUUGAAUACUCUAAAAUUAACAUUGAAUGGUUAUCUUCCUUUUACGGAUUCAAUAAAAGAAUUUGCCGAAGAAAUCUAUAAAAAUAAAAUUCCAAGAAUUUGGAAAAAAAUACAAAUCAAUAUUUUUGCUGAAAAUUUAGCACAUUACAUCGAUAAUUUAUUAAAACAUGCAAAUUUUAUUAAAAAUUGGAUUAAUCAAGGACGUCCUAAAAAUAUUUGGUUUGAUGCAUUAUUUAAUUGUAAAAUGUUUCUUUCUGCAAUAUUAUUUACAUUUUCUAAAAAGUAUAAUAUACCUAUUGAAGAAAUUGCUUUUUAUUUUGAAAUAACAACGAAUAAAGAAAUCGAAGAAAAUGUUGAUACAUAUUUAAUAUGUGGAUUAUAUAUAUUUGGUGGUCGAUGGAAUUUAGAAAAAAAUAUAUUAGUCGAAAAUUUUUCAAAUGAAAUCUGGCAAAAUAUGCCACCUAUAUAUCUUAAGUGUUCACGAAUAAAAAAAAAUAUACAAGAAACAUAUAUAUGUCCUAUUUAUAUAACUGCUGUUCAACAUAUUGAUAGUAUUGAACUUUCUUCAAAGAAUUAUAUAACCAGCAUACCAUUGAAAACUAAUAUAUCUCCAAUUCAUUUUAUAAAAUGCGGCACAGCUUUAUUUUGUCAUAUAUCAAAAUAUCAUACUUUAUAA